GGCACGUCCACAUCACGGACUUCAACAUCGCGACGGUGUUGCAGGGGGCGGAGAAGGCUUCUUCCAUGGCCGGCACCAAGCCCUACAUGGCCCCGGAGGUGUUCCAGGUCUACGUGGACGGAGGCCCCGGGUACUCCUACCCCGUCGACUGGUGGUCCCUGGGCGUCACGGCCUACGAGCUGCUGCGGGGCUGGCUCCUGACCAAGGACCCCGAGAGCCGCCUGUCCAGCCUCGGCGACCUGCAGAGCACCCCCUACCUGGCUGACAUGAACUGGGACGCGGUGUUCGAGAAGGCGCUGACCCCCAGCUUUGUGCCCAAUAAAGGGAGAUUGAAUUGUGAUCCCACGUUUGAACUUGAAGAAAUGAUUCUCGAAUCCAAGCCGCUUCACAAAAAGAAGAAGCGGUUGGCAAAGAACAGGUCCAAAGACGGCACGAAGGACAGCUGUCCACUGAACGGACACCUGCAGCAGUGCCUGGAGACCGUGCGGAAGGAAUUUAUCAUAUUCAACAGAGAGAAGUAA